AUGGAUCGUAUCGCAGAACCGUUGUCGACCACGUUCGAAGACCUCCCUGGGGAUUGUCUCCGGCUCAUCAUUGACGAAGUCGUCAAGAUCGAAGGCGGAAGUCCUGAUGAUAGCACCAAGAACAUCAAGAACCUGUCCUGCGUCAACAGACACCUCCGCGAGCUCUGCAUUCCUCUGCUGUUUCCGAUCUAUAAUCUUUACCUUGAAAAGCGCCCGGAACCAUCGCUUGAGACGUUCAGAGCUCUUUUGAAGGCACCCUUUGUGACGACGUCGUUAUGGACCCUGACUAUCCAUCUCUUGAACAGCACUCAGCUGUCUGACCAAGCCUUCUGUGAUAGCUUUGUCGGGGUGCUGGCGGCAAUGACAAGCCUUUCCGAGCUCAGCCUCGUUCUGAACAAUGACGAUGCUGUUGUCCUGGGCUCCAAGCUGGACACAUCGCUCAGCACGUCAGGAGCCUGGUUCCCAUCGAUCCAGAUCCUCGAACUAGUGAGAGCUCCAGAUGUGCCCGAAAUCGUCAUGGCGUGUCCUUCCGUCGAGUUACUUAAGCUGUCAGACUCAUACAUGGGCGACACGCGGGAGAAAAUGUUUCAAGUCUUGCCAUCCGUCAAGACCCUGCGCCGGCUCGAUGUCGACUUUUGGUGA